UACUCGAGCAAUCAAGAUAGUAUAAUAUAAUUUAUAAAUUAAUAGGUUAAUUAUUGAGAGUUUGAUUAUGCAAAAUUGGUUACUUGAUUUAUCAUUUGAUCUUGCAUAUAAUUUUCUAGUAUUAUCUACAAUUGGUUACUUGAUUUUACCAUUUUUCUUAAAAAUUCAAUUUUAAUAGAUUUUAUGUAUGCCUAAUAUGAUUAUUAUAAGAUAUUAUGCCAUUUGACAUACUAUGCCAACAAUAGUAAUACAAAUGUGUGUAUAUAUAAUAUCUGAAAUACAAAAGCCAAUAACAAAGCAAAAAAUCUAAAUAUCUACCCAAAAACAUGAAAAACUUUUCAGUCUUUCUAUUCGUUUUCAGUCUUUGCAUGCUUGGCCAUGUAUCCGGCUCUGGAAUCAGGAUAGCGAACGAACUCAAAUUCAAGAAACUUCUCUGGAUUAGAUGUUAUUCCAAAGAUGAUGUAUUCGGUCCAAAAACAAUACCAAUCGGACAACAUGUUGACAUUUCUUUUCGUAUUAAUUUAUGGGCUACGACGCGUUUUAUGUGUACUUUGAGACAAGAGCCUAACUAUAAACAUUAUCAAAAAUUUACAGCAUUCAAGCUUUUCGGUGUUACGGAUCAUGGAGGCCUAUGGGACUGGAGAGCAAGAGAAGAUGGAAUAUAUUUAAACAAAGAAGGUGGCAGACAUAUUAGGAAUCCGGUUAAUAUGCAUAAAAUGUAUGAUUGGAUAGAUUAA